AUGCGUGAAAUCGGCGACGUCGGCCUGACGACGCGGGAAGCAUGCGGGAACACGGUUCGAAACGUCGUGGCCCACCCGACGGCCGGUGUGUCGAAGACCGAGGUUUUUGAUAUCAGCCCGUACGCAGCUGCAUACGCUCGGUACUUCCUUCGGCACCCAACGACGCAGAACAUGCCGCGCAAGUCGAAAACUGCCUUCUCUGGUUCAGACGCAGACGAGGCGAUGACCCCGUUCCACGACAUGGGUUUCAUUGCCCGGGAGCGUGACGGCAAGCGAGGUUUCAAGAUCGUCGUGGGAGGUGGUCUAUCGAUCAUGCCGCAGAUGGCGGAGACGUUGAGCGAAUUUGUGCCAGUCGAGGAUUUCAUCCGACACGCAGAAGCCGCGUUAAGAAUCUUCAACCGGCAGGACGAAGAGCGAAAGAAUUUGAUGCGCGCUCGGAUCAAGUACACCAUCAAACGGCUCGGCAUCGAGAAGUUCCGUGAGUUGGUGGAUGAGGAACUCAAGGGAGAUUGGGCGAACAAAGAAAUCGAUCUCGACACGCUGCUGUUCAUCGAGGACGAGUCGGCCGAUGCGCCGGCGGUGCCUUCGAACCCUACCCCAGAACCUAUAAAUGAUGCGGAAUACGAUUUCUGGAAGGCGACUUCAGUUGACGAGCAGCGCCAAGACGGUUUCAAUGUCAUCUUCGUCCGUGUGGAACGCGGAGAUAUCUACAACGAACAGUGGCAACCUCUGGCCGACAUCGCCCGCGAGUACGCAGGUGGUCGCGCUCGAAUCGACCAGCAGCAGAACAUCGUUUUCCGAUGGGUGCGGACGGAAUCGUUGUACGACGUUUACCUGGCGCUCAAAGAGAUCGGUAUGGCCGCGAGCGGCCGAGAGACGAUCCGCGAUAUCGUGACGUGCCCGGGUACCGACUCUUGCAAGCUAGGUAUCACUUCAUCGAUGGGGUUAAACGAGGCGCUUGGCGAGAAACUGGAUACGAUGGAUGUCUCGGACCCGUUAGUUUCGAAGAUUCACAUCAAAGCUAGCGGCUGCCCGAAUUCUUGCGGACAACACCACGUAGCGAACAUCGGCUUCCACGGAGCAGUGAUGAAGGGUGAAGGCGGACAGAUCCCAGCGUACGAGCUUUUCAUCGCCGGGGAAUCGACCGAUGGUCCCGUGCGGGUCGGGAAUCGAGUGAGAGCCCGGGUCCCUGCGAAGCGUGCAGGUGAAGCUUUGGAGUUGAUCGUCGAUCACUACAAGGCGAACCGGAACGAUGGCGAAGAGUUCAACUCAUUCGUUGACCGCGUCGGCACGCAGCCAUACGAGGAUAUGUUCGCACCUUGGAAGGCCGAGAUUGGCCCCCUAGACCGCGAGCACAUCCAGACUUACAUGGACUGGGGCAAGACGGUGGUCUACAAGCUAGAACGUGGCGAAGGCGAGUGCGCCGUCUAG